AUGGAAGAGAAUCGCUAUUUGAUUUUGUCGUUUGAUAUGGCUUCUGAGGUUUUCGGCGAGAUGGUGCUUCCCGGUUGUGUUGCUAAUGGCAUUGGGUUGCAGAUGUCAAUUUCAGUUUUUGGGGAAUCUCUAUCCCUAUUCGAGUAUGAUAGUUUUGGGGGAUGUUCUAUAUGGGUGAUGAAAGAGUAUGGUAUUGCGGAGUCUUGGACGAAAUUAUUCAGUUUUAAGAGUUACAUAAGGAAGGUUUUAGGAUUCAGGAAAAAUGGUGAAAUUGUUGCGGCAAAGAGUUACAUAAAUCUGGUUUCAUUCGAUCCUAAGAGCAAACAAGAAGUCAAUCUUGGAAUGUGUAGGUCUAAAUACAAAUACUCAUCCCUUAUACGGAGAGCCUUGUUUUACUUGAUGGAAAAGAUCAAGGCUUAUUGA